CUUCUAAGUGCGCAGCCCUGCUGAAUUCACAUCCGGGUCCUGUGCUGCUGCUGGUGUGCAGACAUUCGGUCCCGAACACAGCGGACCAAAACAGCGGUCAAACCUGACACUUUCCACGUUCAGGACGCUGAAUAAAUGGGAAUGAUGCAUCCCUGGUUUAAACAGAUAAGGGUGAUCCGCUCUUUCACAGACUGAAUGCAGAUCAAAACAAUCCACCAGCCUGUCUCUCUCUCACUACCGCCGCGCUCAGUUUAUAUAUUUUUCUUUCUUUUCGUCCUUCUCUUUUAUCUUGUUUUUACCUCCUCCACUACAGAACUCUCCAGGGCUCAUUUUUUAGUGGAUUUCUAAGCCGACAAAGAUGGGUGCAUUUCUGGAUAAGCCAAAGAUGGAGAAGCACAACGCUCAUGGUGAAGGCAAUGGCCUAUGUUAUGGCCUGAGCAGCAUGCAGGGCUGGCGUGUAGAGAUGGAAGAUGCACAUACUGCUAUCAUCGGCCUGCCCAACGGCUUGGACCCCUGGUCAUUCUUCGCUGUUUACGACGGGCACGCAGGAUCGCAGGUGGCACGUUACUGCUGCGAGCACCUCCUGGAGCACAUCACCAGCAACCCUGACUUCCAGGCUGGGGGCGGAGGAGGGGGUCCAGCCGUGGAGCCCAGCGUGGACAGCGUGAAAUCUGGAAUCCGGACUGGUUUCCUGCAGAUCGACGAUCACAUGCGGCAGAUCUCGGAGAAGAAACACGGUGGUGCUGACCGCAGCGGCUCGACCGCCGUCGGUGUGAUGAUCUCACCCCGCCACAUCUACUUUAUCAACUGUGGAGACUCGCGGGGUGUGCUGAGCCGUGGAGGGGCUGUGCACUUCUUCACACAGGACCACAAACCCAGCAACCCCUUGGAGAAGGAAAGGAUCCAGAAUGCUGGAGGAUCUGUGAUGAUCCAGCGUGUCAAUGGGUCCCUGGCAGUGUCUAGGGCUCUGGGGGAUUUUGACUAUAAGUGUGUGCAUGGUAAGGGUCCCACGGAGCAGCUGGUGUCGCCGGAGCCUGAGGUGUAUGCUAUCGAGCGGUCGGAGGCGGAGGAUGAGUUUAUUGUCCUUGCUUGUGACGGGAUCUGGGAUGUGAUGGCCAAUGAGGAGCUGUGCGAUUUUGUUCGUUCAAGACUGGAGGUGACUGAUGAUCUGGAGAGGGUCUGCAAUGAAAUUGUGGAUACCUGUUUGUAUAAGGGAAGUCGUGACAACAUGAGUGUUGUGUUGGUGUGUUUCGUCAGUGCACCGAAGGUUUCCCCUGAAGCUGUCAAAAGGGAAGCAGAGCUUGAUAAAUACCUAGAGGGCCGAGUUGAAGAGAUCCUGAAGAGGCAGGGGGAUGAAGGUGUGCCCGACCUGUUACAUGUGAUGCGUACGUUAGCAUCUGAGAGCAUCCCCAACCUUCCACCUGGAGGAGAACUGGCCAGCAAGCGCAGUGUAAUUGAAGCAGUAUACAACAAACUUAACCCAUACAGGAACGAGGAUACACUUGGCGGGAUCUCACAAGCUGCUCUCCUCCUCUCUCCAUUCAAGGACUCUGCAUCCACGGAUGACAUGUGGUAGCCCUGCCCCUUUAAACACUGCACAGUUUACAACCCUCCAGAACCCUGCACAACAAGCUUUCCUACAGGACCCGGCACCAGAACCCUGCACAAGAACCCUCAACUACUACAGGACCAUCACAAGAACCCUACCACAGCCCAGCUCAGCUGCUCUGGAUUGUUCGGAGGAAGAAGAGGAAGGGAAUGAGGGCUCCCUCCCCUUGUUCAUAUAAUGUUCCCUCUCAGUGCUAGGCAAUGGUACCUUCUGGAAAUUUUCUGCAUACUCUUCUGUCCUGAAUCAAUCUUUUCCUCAAAUCCUUUUAACUUUAACGUCACCCUCUUAAAAAAAUCCAACACAUUUAAUUUGUAUUUUUUUUGGUGUAAUUAAUUUGAUUCACGUUUCCUUUUGUGUUUGUAUAUUUCAGCUUUUAUUUCUGUGAAGUGCAAUUGUCUUGUACAAAGAAAAGCCUGUAUUAAAUGCAGCUUGAUUUUGUAGUUUAUAGAAAAAAGACAAAAAUGGCACACCUUUAUGCCCUGCCUGCUUUAGUUUCCUCUCCAACAGCUGAAGCCCAACUGAUCUGCCUCCCUAUUUCCUUUCACUUCUUUCUUUUUUUUUUUUUUUUAAACUAAAUAUAACUUUUUGUAUUGUUACUUUUUAAGUGAAACGGGUAAAUGAUAUGGGCUCACAGCACAGUACAGUAAGCUUUUUCGUAAAUCUCACAGCACAGAUGACAGUAAUCGGUAUGUUCUCUCAGUACUACUGUUUUUCUUUUUAUGGUGGGGUGGGUAUUUUAUUUUUUAUUUUUUUUAUUAUUUUACUUUUUUGAGGAAACCGCUUUAAUUUACUUAAUCUAAGCUGAAAUUGUUUGUGUGAAUGAGAAUCAAUGGUUUUGUGUGUGUGUGUGUGUGUGUGUGUGUGUGAGUGAGUGAGUGAGUGAGAGUCUAUUACCUGACGUGCUAACUCUGAAUAUCUCUCUUAUCAUCAACACUAGGACUAUUCUCUACAGUGUUCUGCACUACCGCAGCUCUUGAUUUUAUUUUAUUUUUUAAGAUUAAGUUGGUCUGGGAGCUUCUUAAAAGAUCUCCUGCACUUGCUGGAAAAAAAGGAAUUGUUAAGAAGUACUCAGAACUGAGAUAGGCCCAAUUAAGUGCGUUUAUGUAUGUGCUUGGUUGUCAGUGCAUAUGGUCUGAACGGGUGUGUGAGAUUGCAUGUUUGUUGUGUUUAAAAUGAUGUGGGUUUAAUGGGGAUAUUUAGGCUUUUGACACAAAUAUAUAAGGCUUUAGCUAUAGUGCUCAAUCACCCAUCUGCACUGCUGAGAGAGUGAUGAGUGAAUGCUUUCUGAAAUUAACACUCCUCUCUCAGAUUUUUCUUUGACAUAAACCAUUCACUUCAUCUCGUGCUGAUUUAAAUGUUAUCCGUUUCUUAUUUUUUGGAUGUGGUGAUUUUUUUUUUUUCUCUUCAAAGAACAAAUACAGUGUGAUGCAGUAAGCUGGCCUGGUUUAGGCCAGAGCCUGCAUGUGUUCCUCUGACCAAUAGGGAGCGCAACAGAGUACUGUUUGCUGCUAAAGUGUGUGAUCGAAUCAUUCUUUCAUUCAUUUGAAUGCUCUUAGUUUAUAUUCUCCUGCACCUUUUCCCCCAGUGCUGUAUGUAACGUAGUUCUAAAUUCAUUUGAACUGUUGUCUGAAACGUGAAAUGGUAAAAUCACCCCCUUUUGUGCUUACUUUCCCAGACUAUUGAAUAGAUUAUAUGAACAGGAGUUCCCUUGCAUCUGAUAAAUAUAAAUGAGUUUUAAAUGCAUUUUUUUCAGUCUAAAUCUGUAUAUUUGCGUACUAAAAAAAGGGUAGGUAAAAUGAUCACUUCAUUUUCGUGAACCUCACAGGGUGAUUUAUUAAGAUAAUAUUGUAACUAAAUGACAAUCUAACAGUGUUUAGCUAAUGUAAAAGGAAAAAUCUCCCUUUAUCCUCUCUGCUUUCAGCUUGUGUUAUAACACGGGCAUAAAGAUCAUUGUGUUUGUUUGUGGAAUUGUGAGCUGUGUGUUUUCCUCAGUGAAAACUGGAAUGUCGUGUAUAACAGGAGGAUUUACGAAAUGAAUCUAAAAAUAACAGGAUAAUUUAGGAUGGUCUUAGAGGCCAGGAUAUGUUCAUGUGUCUUGAAGGGGUUCUUUUUGCAUCCGCAAAGCUGUGUGGAAUCACUUUAGGAAUGUAGACACGAGGAACUACGACUCUUAAUAGGAUACUGUUGAAUUGCUUAACCCCCAGUUUGGUUUUAUAUGGGCUUAAAAAAUAUUAUUAAAUUAUUAACAAAUUAUGUGACUCAUUUUGAAAAAAAGCAUUUUGUUGUGUAUGCAGUUUUGAGAUUCAUGGACUGCUAUUAUACAGAUUCUCCUUUGUUUGCAAGACGUCCAGAUGCUUUUUGUAUCAGAAAUACAGAAUUUGUAGUUGCAAGAUGGCCAUAACAACAGGUCUAUCAAGUGGGGAGAGGUUAUGUAAUGAUUUACACUGGAACAUACAAGCCCAGUUAUAGAUCAUAGAUAUGUUUAUGAAUGUGUUUUUACUAAUUUAUGUCUUGUCACUGAAGUUGACAAGGGCAUUUUGCAAGGAAUUUAAAUGACGCAUGAACCAUUGCAUUUGGUAAUUGCGCAUAGACUUGCUAUCUUUUGCUAAAUAUGCGUCACAAACCGUGUGAUGCCCCAUAUUUUAGGUUUAGCUCUGAAAUCCUAUUUCCGUGGUCUCUAGCUCUGUAGUGUUAACUUGGUAGGUCAUUUCAGUUGAUUUAUUCAGACCUGACUAUGUAUAAACCCAGUGAUUGAUGCAGCCCUAAUGGCUCCUGCGAAACCCCACUCCCAAACCCUUGGGCUUUUAUAUUACAGAGUUCUGUUCUGAAUUACACCACAAUUUUGUGCUAAAGGGAACAAAAUGUUAUAGCACGGUGUGUAAUUCAGUGGUUUGGCCUCACACAUUCUCAUAGACACUUGUAUGGUGUUUUACCCUAGUGAAAUCCCACCUCCUAUACCAACAGGAUUAUUUUUGCUGAUUUCAGUCAUCUGCUGUCCUCAUAAGCUAAGAUAUUUUUGUUAAACAAUUGAUAUGUAUAUUUGUAUUCAUUUAUAAAUAUGUACACAAAAUGAAGUGAAUAAUCAAGGAUAAUCUCUCCUCCCUGUGACCUACUGUGACCCACUGGUCAUCCUCUAACUGUUCCACUGUCCAUUUUUGUUGUUUUAAUCUUUUCAGACUGGAAAUAAACCUAUUUUAUUUGAAAAAAAAAAA